AACUGCACCUAGAAAUCUAUUAAUAGUUAGUUGGUAUCCACCUGGAGUAGUUAAAAGGGACUUGGUGCCUUAAUUUCUAUUCAAAAUGCAGAAGUUUUCAAUACUCGCGUUGUUGACGCUGGCCGGUAGUUUAAAUGGAGCGUCACUACCAGCUAUGAGGAUAAUGGGCGGUGUAGUCACUACCAUAAAUUCUUACCCUUUUGUGACGUCACUGCUGCGUUCAUCGGACUUCGUCAACUACGUUCAGACCUGUGCCGGUUCAAUUUUGACGAAUAAAGCUAUACUUUCUGCUGGUCAUUGUUUUGCAGGUGAACAGCCAAGUAGAUGGCGCAUUCGAACGGGAUCUUCUUGGGCCAACAGCCGAGGCACCGUUUACUCUAUCAACCAAAUCAUUCUCCACCCAUACUACAACUCCAGAACCUACGACAGUGAUAUUGCUAUCCUGAAGUCUGCCUCAAGCAUCGCCUUAGUUGGACCCGUUGCAGUUGGUUCCAUUGCUGGAGCUAAUUAUAAACUGGCUGAUAACCAACCAGUGUGGGCCGUUGGCUGGGGAGCGACUUAUUUUGGUGGUCCAAAGUCUGAACAGCUACGUCGCGUUCAAAUCUGGGCUAUAAACCAAAAUGUUUGCCGAAGUCGUUACGCUGAAUUGGGGCGUACAGUAACUAACAACAUGCUUUGCUCUGGAUGGAUAGACGUUGGGGGUCGUGAUCAAUGCCAAGACGACGCUGGGGGUCCCCUCCUUCACAACAACGUCAUCGUCGGCGUCGCUUCGUGGGGUCAUCAGUGCGGGCUCGCUCGAUAUCCUGGCGUCAACACUCGCGUUUCCAAUUUUACUAGCUGGAUUUCAAGUAAUGCUGCAUAACCUCGUCGUUUCUCGGAUCUGUUUUCUAACGUUAUGACUAGAAGUUUUUGAUAAAAUAAUAAAUUAUUGCAACAC